AUGAAACAAGUUAACAAUAACGUGACCGAAGAAGCUCAAAAGAUGCCAUCCGGAAUCACCAGGUCUGUCUUCUCUGGCAUUCCGGUGGCCAUUGGCGGGACAGAUCUCAACCCGGCAGUUUUCUAUGGAGAUUGGGUCAUCACCAUUUCAAACGAGCUGGCCAGAAGCCUAGCCCUUGAAGGUUCGGAGAUCUAUUCCAGCUCGGGUGGGAGACGGCUCAAGAAGGAGGACCCCACGAAGUACUUUUGCAAGGGCGACCAUCUUCUGGCUUUUCCUCAGGAGUGUGAGUCCUACCAUGCACAGCUUCGAGCCACCACCAUCUUCGCAGUGGCCUUCUCCACCUUGCUGCUGGCCACCAUUUGGACUCUACUUGGGAAGCUGAAGCUCACCAGAUAUGUCAGCUACAUGCCCUAUAGCAUCUCCGAGGCCUUUCUUGCUUGUGUCGGCUAUAAGGUCUUCUACUACGCCAUCAAGUUCUGCGACUUUGACCCAAGGCAGUUCUUCACAGCCGCUUUCAUCGGCAUUGCCCUUUACUUCAUCAAGGCCCUGCACAUCGGGAAUCCCACCAUCAUGAUGCCCUUGGGCUUGCUACUUCCCCUGGCCAUCUUUUGGGGCAUCGCGCUUGGGAUGCAGCAGACGCCCGAGAUGAUGCGAGAUUCAG